AUGAGUGUUUCCAAGCGUCCUCGUGGGCGACAACCAGAAACCUCAACAUUACCGUCUUCGAAGAGAGUAAAGCUUGGAGAGAGCUCUCACGUGCCUAAGAAGAACGGGCUGGAAUUUCUGGUCAACGAAAAUGCACGCUCAGGACGAAAGCUUGAUGCCAAGCUCACGAACGGUGUGCAUAGAGGGAAAUCGAACAGAGUGGACGAAGCAGAUGCAGUGGUGGCUGCAGAUGCGAGAGAUGAGGAUGGCGUUGUGAGAACAAACGGUAAAGCUCAUGAGAUCAUCGACAUCUCAAGUGCGGAGGAGGAAAGCAGUGCAUAUGAAUCGUCCGAUGGGGAGAGGGAACCAGAUCUUCCUCGUAAAGGCACGAACAGCCAUGCGGACACGAAUGGAGCAGAUGAUGAGGAUGUAAAUGCAGAACUUGGUGCCGCAGACGACCGGAACGCAGAUCCACAGGAUGCAGAGAUGGAGGAUGCUGUUGACGAAGAAGCUGGCGCACCUUCCUUUGCCGACCUGCUCCAAGCUCGCCAUCCUGGACCCGUCGAUGUCCAUGGGUCCCUCACGAAUGGUACAGCCGAACAAUCAGCAGCUAUGUCCGCUUCAUCAAAUCGUGCCUUGGCAACAACCUCCAAUCUCUCUCUGGGAAUAGUACUCACACAAGGUCUCAGAACAAACGAUAAAGAUCUGCUCGAGAGUGCAUUCAUCACCACCGAUCUGGCCAGUAUACGGUCGACCAUCGAACGAUUGCAGUCUCACUUGGCCGCUUUACUACUGCAAAAGCUUGCUGAGAGGAUACACAAGUCACCUGGUCGAACAGGCAAGCUCAUGGUCUGGAUACAGUGGACCCUGGUCACACAUGGGGGCUACCUCGCUUCUCAGCCUGCGAUCAUGCAUACCCUCAGGUCACUUGCGCAGGUUGUCCGAGAGCGCGCGGGUGGUCUUCAGCCACUUUUACACCUGAAAGGCAAGCUUGACAUCCUGAGUGCACAGCUGGACUACCGAAAGAAGAUACAAGCCAGCUCACGCUUGGCAAAUGCAGAGGAUGACGAAGAUGAGGAGGCUGUCGUGUAUACUGAGGGACGAGAUGACGAUUCACUGGAGGAUGACGAAGCGGCGGACGAAGAACCGAGGCAAAUAAUGCCGCCACCCGCUGCGAGACCCAAAGGCAAGGGCAGGUCAAAGUCAGAACUUCCGUCAGAUGGUGAUGAAAGCGAGGACGAAGGUAUGCCGAAUGGGGUGACACAAGAAGGAGAGGAGAAUGACGAUGAUGAAGAAGAAGAUGGUGCGGAAGAAGACGAGGCGCUGUUCGACGAGGAGGCCGAGGAAACUUCCGAUGACGAAAACCAGGAGGCGGAUUCCGACGAAGAAGCGAGUAGUGCAGCCGAGUCCGAAGACGAAAGCGAGGCGUCAGAAGAUGAUAGCGAACCGGAGGUUAAAUCAGCAUCGCUGAAGACGUUGAACCGAAAGCGAUAG